AUGGCUGCCGCUAGACGUCUAUGGGUAAAACUAAAACUAUCAUCCAAGUAUCUUGCCACACUACCCAAAUUUGAUCCUCAUGUGUCCAAAUCGAGAUUGAAAAAGAUAGCACAAGAAGAGAAGAAGGGAGUCAGUCCAUCUAUAUCGAGUCUGCAGAGGUCUUCACCGGCCCCAGAGGGCACAGGCACACCGGGCCCAUCGAAUAGUGCCAACAACACCGGUGCAGCUGGUUCCGGUAUCAGCCAGUACAAAAUCAACGUUGGUCUCAAGGGCGACUCAACUUCAGGGCUCACCAUGAAUAGUAUAAAUCCAGCCCUUUACAUCCUAGAUAAGUCAGGUAAACCAUGCCAACGCUGGGUGAAGAAGUCGAAACAGUUUAAAAGCUUCACUGGGUUCAAGAUGAAGUAUACGAAAUAUGAGCCAAAGGAGCCAGGACCAAAAGACGGAAAUAAGAGUGGAGGAAAUGCUGCCAAGGAGGUUUCUGAAAGCGCCAAGAGCAAUAUCACAACUAUAGCAAGUGAAGUAAAAGUGGAGACCUAA